AGCAAACAGACUGAAUUAUAAAUAAGCACUGUGACACAUAGCACGGCAGCAAACAAUCCACAUUUUUCCAUUGGCAGAUGGCCACAUUUUUCAAUUACUGCAAUAAAAACACACUCAUUUCCAUGUCGAACAUUUCACAGAUAAACGGGAGUUUUGCGAAUUUAACUCGGGAUAUUCUUGCCAGGAAUAUUGACAACACUGAUUAACCUAGAAAUUGUAGGUGACUGGAGUGUGCAAAGAAUUGUUAUAUUUGAAUUUGUAUUUUUAAUUCGUCAAAAUGGGAAUACUAGAAAAGAUAUCAGAAAUAGAAAAAGAAAUUGCAAGGACCCAAAAAAAUAAAGCAACUGAGUAUCAUCUGGGAUUGCUUAAAGCAAAACUAGCCAAGUAUCGGUCACAACUUCUUGAACCACCCAAGAAAGCAGAGAAAGGUGAAGGUUUCGAUGUUAUGAAAUCUGGAGACGCACGUGUGGCGCUUAUUGGCUUCCCAUCUGUUGGAAAAUCGACUCUCCUGAGCACGCUGACGGCCACGGAGAGCGAGGCGGCCUCGUACGAGUUCACGACGCUGACGUGCAUCCCGGGCGUGAUCGCGUACAAGGGCGCCAACAUUCAGCUGCUGGACCUGCCGGGGAUCAUCGAGGGCGCCUCGCAGGGCAAGGGCCGGGGCAGGCAGGUGAUCGCGGUGGCGCGCACGGCCGACCUCGUGCUGAUGAUGCUGGACGCGACCAAGCAGGACGUGCAGAGGGUCCUGCUGGAGAAGGAGCUGGAGAGCGUCGGCAUCCGGCUCAACAAGAAGAAGCCCAACAUAUACUUCAAGGUGAAAAAAGGCGGGGGCUUAUCGUUCAACUCGACUUGCGCUCUCACUAAAAUCGACGAGAAGUUGGUUCAGCUGAUACUCCACGAGUAUAAAAUCUUCAAUGCUGAGGUGCUGUUCCGGGAGGACUGUACGGCUGAUGAAUUAAUCGACGUGAUCUCGGCCAAUCGCGUCUAUCUGCCUUGCAUGUACGUCUACAACAAGAUAGAUCAGAUCUCUAUCGAAGAAGUGGAUAGGAUCGCAAGGCAACCCUACAGCAUUGUCGUGAGCUGCAACAUGAAGCUGAACCUUGACUACCUGCUGGACCAGCUGUGGGAGUACCUGUCGCUGAUCCGGGUGUACACCAAGAAGCCCGGCCAGCCGCCGGACUUCGACGACGGGCUGAUCCUGCGGCGGGGGGUGACGGUGGAGCACGUGUGUCACGCCAUCCACCGCACCCUCGCGGCCACCUUCAAGUACGGCCUCGUCUGGGGCACAAGCACGAAAUAUUCCCCACAACGUGUUGGACUUCAUCAUAUCAUGCACGAUGAAGACGUCAUUCAAGUUGUGAAGAAAUGACUGCUUGCCAUAAUUGUGUACAUAAUAUGAAAUGAGUGAAUUAAAAAAGACACGUUAAUCAUGUUAAAGUUUAUCCAACUGUGUGUUUUAAUGUGCGAGAUUUUUCUCAAGUAACGGAAGUCUGUACGGGGAUUAAACAUGUGCAGCAAGUUGCAUGUCUCAAUAAAUUCUCACUUGUUCA